GACGGCGGCAAACAUCGCAACCGAAGAUAUUCAUAGACACAAGUCAGUACUCACACAUGUCUCAAUCGGUGGGGGAUGAAGUCAGUGAUUGCGUGUCGUCCUGAGUUCAUGAUUGACGGUUUCGAUCUCCAAUCUUGGCGCCAAGCUUUCCAGCCCGGGACCCCACAAAGAACACAGCGAUGCAGCUCAGCCACAAGCCAGCCCGGAAGUGACGCAGUCCCAGGCAAGGCGGCAAGACAUGUGGAGGAACGACGGAAACUUCCAUGAAUGAGCAUAGCAUCCCACGACUCUCCCACCAUUCGAACCUUGGCCAGGCGUCCAUACGAACGAGGAUUAGCAUCUAAGUUAUCUUUUCUAUUAUAACUGCGCAGGUUUGAACGGGCAACAACGUAGUUCAAACAGGAGACCCUCGGUCUAUUCUCUCUCCUCAAUCUCAGGCCAUCAUCAAAGCUCCAUCCUCCGCCGAGCACUCUUCCGCGAUGCCGCCUCCCCCACCACCGCCGCCGCCUCCGGCUCCGGGACUUGGUGGUCCGCCCCCUCCACCACCUCCUCCGCCGGGGCCAACCGCCCAACCGAAUAGGGGUGCGCUGCUCGCAGACAUUCGGGGCGGCAAGGCGCUCAAGAAGGCCGUCACGAAUGAUCGAUCCGCACCGCAAAUAGGAAAGGUGUCGUCGGUCGGCGGCUCGGGGCCGUCCUCGCUCGGCGCACCUCCGAUCCCGGGGAUGCCGAAAGCGCCCAGCAGCUUGGCGCCUCCUGUCCCUGGAAACCGUGCUAGAAGCAAUAGCGACCAGAGCGAGAGAACACAGCCGACAUCGUCAAGCACAGACGGCCCGCCGCAGCUAGCUGGUUUAUUCGCCGGGGGCAUGCCGAAGCUGCGGAAAACAGGAGGAGGUGUGGACACUGGUGCGAGCCGAGAUGCCUCGUACCUUUCAGAUUCAGAAGUGGUCCCUAGAUCGGCCCCGAAACCACCUACCGGAGCCGCUCCGGCCGUCCCGAACCGACCGCCGCUCCCCGGUGCAUCCAGCACACCCACCUUUCAUCCUUCGAUUGCGAAUUCACGAAAAACUGCAAACUCCGAGGCUCCAAAGCCAUUAUCAUCAGUCUCAGUACACAAAGGGCCGCCCCCUGUAAUCGGCAAGAAACCGCCGCCGCCGCCUCCAGGCUCUCGAAAGCCAUCCUCAACCGUAUCGCAUGCGGCCCCUCCCCUCCCGAACGCGCCAGCUCCUCCGCCGCCUCCCUCCGCACCCUCAGCGCCAUCACCAUCCUCCUCUCUCGCUCCUCCCCCAGCCCCACCCCCUCCGCCUCCCGCGGCUGCUUUCCGCCCGCCCCCGGCCCCGGCGCGCACCCAACCGCCACCACCUCCACCACCCCCACCGCCGUCCGCCUCAACAAGCAGCAUCUCCCAGACCAUCGCCGCGCAAGCCGCCAUCCGCGCAGCCUCCUCCGCCACCGCCGCCGCCGCACCACCACCGCCCGCACCCCCUCCCCCACCCCCGUCAGCAGCCCCGGCCCCGCCGCCACCGCCACCGCCGCCAGCAGCCCCGCCAUCGGCGCCUUCGCACGCUUCUUCGUCGAGCACCUCACUGGCCCGCUCCUCGUCGGUCUGGUCGUCCAUGCUGGACCCCAGCAGUUUCACCCUCGCCCCGAACGGGUCCGGUGCCAACAAGACGCCUAGCCCGACCGGAGGGGUUUCGGCGCAUGCCACGGGUGGAAGUGGAGGUGGAGGUGGGGGUGAUGGGAGGCAACGCUACGUGGUGCACGACCCGCGGUGGAAGUUUAUCGGCGAGGAGAAUUUCCCCAAGCCGAGGGAGUUUGUGGGCGGGCCAAGAAGGUACCGUGCUGGCAGGGGGAGUAGUGUGCCGUUGGAUUUGGGGGCUUUUUGAGACUUUUGUUUGUUUGAGAAGGGGUUAGUUGGGGAGGAGGGGGGUUAGAUAGGCAGCAUGGUUCGGAGUAUGUGAAGCGGAGAAGGGAUGUGUGUAGGUUUGGUGAGGUGUGCCUGUACGAAGCAGAUGGUUGUUAGAGGUAGGGAGCUACUCUGCUGGAGGGCGUCAUGGGCAGUUUGUCGAAUUGGAGGUACCAUGGGUGGUUCUGUUAAGUCGGGGAAGACGCAAGCGGAGUCUUGAAGUAGCUUAGGGAUUUGCAAGGACAAUAGAAUCAUUAGAAACGCAUGAGACGUUUGAGUACUCUGUGUAGGCCUUUG